GGUUGGCGGCUCCCGGCAGACCGGGGAUAGGCACUUGCGGGCGGGCGGGGCGGCAGCGGCCGGCGCUGCCAUCUCGCGGCGCUCGGUGGGAGCGGCCGGGAAGGCGCUGCCUGAGGGCAUCGCUGGGAACGGGCAGGGGGAAAUACCUGUGGUUCCCCCAGGAUGUUUCGAGGAUGGGGAAGGAGUUUAGUGAAAUAGUCAACCCAGCAACCCUGGGUUGUCUGUGGUUUUUUGGGUUUUUUUUUAGAAUUGUUUUGGUUUGGGUUUUUGUUCGUUUGUUUGUUGGGUUUUGGGCUUUUUUCCCCCGCAAAAAUAAAAGUGGGAGGAAAGGAGAGUUGGUCUGCCUUGAGUCCCGUGUCGGGCACUCAGGGGCGAGGAGGAGGCAGAGCUGGAAGACCUGUGGCUUUGGAUUUCUCUGCGUGCUUGUUUUGUCUUACAGAAACCUAUACACAGGUUCUGGGAUCCCCCACAGCUUUUCCUGUGCCUGAAGGUAAUUUACUGGAUCAGGAUUUGUGCGCUGAGGGCAGCACAGCAGGGUGAUCUUGGAGUGAAGGUGGCUCCAUUUUCCUGGUGAUCUCAGCUAUGCUUUACAUAUCUUUUUACAUAUGGAACGUGGCAUAGCCCUGAUACCUGUGCUGUAUCUCCCAGACCAAAUAUUUGAAUGGCGUUAUCUUUACGUUAACAGUGAAAUAAUGAACAGAAGUGAUAAAGCUUUCAGAAGAAAUUCUUCCCUGUGAGGGUGGUGAGGCACUGGAACAGGUUGCCCAGAGAGACUGUGAAUUCCCCAUCCCUGGAAGUGUCCAAGGCCAGGCUGGAUGGGGCUCUGAGCAACCUGGUCUAGUGGAAGGUGUCCCUACCCAUGGCAAGGAGGUUGGAACUUGGUGAUCUUUAAGAUCUCUUCCAACCCAAACCAUUCUGUGAUUCUGUGAGCAAAUUUCCCACCAACCUCCAUUGCUGCUACCCUUCACUUUGUUUUCCUCUCCUUCAAGAUUUUGUUGAUGUGAAUUGUUUAGAUGUUUAUUGAUUUAGGAAUACAUUCUUUUGUCAGCCACGAGGAAAGCAGAAGUUGUGAAACCUUAGAAGUUCCAAACAUGGGCACCCUCUAGGAAGUGUUAAAUGUAUAAAACUUAAAUAUAUAUUUACUUUAGCGUACAAUUCACGUAGUUAAAAUUGGCUUUCCAGUUUGAAAUGAGCACCUGCUCUGUGAUGUUAACAUAUGUUUCUCUGGAAGAUAUCAAUGGGAAAGAAAAGCCUGGAAAACAGCCACAGAGAGUUGUGCCUGAUGGCUUCUGAAGCUGUUUUGUGACCAAUAGAGAUUAGACUUUAAUCAAUAAAUCUGUCUCUGUUUUGACUGCAAGAUGAAAAAAGUUUGCAGUGCCAAAGCUGAAAGGCACUUUUUUUUCCCCCUCACUAUUCAACAUUUUUUUUCUCUUCAUGUUCAUUGAUGACAGAACAGGAGCUUUGUAGAGAUGCAAUACAUUUCAUAAAUUAGUUCCCAUCGGAGAUAUUGUUGACUCCUGGACAGCAAACUGGGCACACUGUAGGAAGUGCUUAAUAAACAUCAGUGUGGCAGCAAGAAAAGAGUAAACACAGUUGCUGAAUUGUUUUGUUUCAAUCUGUGGAGGGAAAUGAGCCAAAAGAACUUCAGGUAGCAGUUAGGAUCUGGCUGGUAAGCACUGCUGAGAGACCACUCAACUUGCCAGACUGCCAAGAAAAUAAGGAAAAAAAAAAUAAUCUCAUGCAGUAUAUAUUGCUUUUUGGAUUGAAGCACAGUAUGGCAAACUAGCUUACUUUCUGGGGAUACACUAUGGUCUUACUGUGAAUUGCUCGGGCUUAUGGGUCAUCCCCUUGAUCUUCCCUCUCUGGGGAGAGAGGCCAAAUUUUUUUUAAAGAAAUAUAUCCUACAAAGAUAAAGAAGCAAACAGUAGUAACUCCUCCUGGGAAAAGAUGGACAUAAAUGCAGGAUUAGGGUGCUGUAUCCCAUGCCUGUGGUCAACAUGAGGUGGCAGAAAGGCAAAGUUUUCUGCCCCUGAGGUUAUGAGAAGUGUAAAUCUGUAAAAAAUGUGGCUGCUUGUUUUGCCAGAGAUCACCCUAAAGAUGCAGCUGUUCCUUAACUAGAGGCAGUAAAACUGAUUGUUUUACUUUCAGAAUUGUUGCUGCAGAACCUAAGUAAAGGGAUUAAGGGAUAAAAUUAAUUCAGUGAUUGUUCUGUCCGGGGAAGAAUGAUGAAAGGGAAAGAAUCCCCAACUUAAAAGCUCUGGAAGUAGGGAAUGCAAAGAAUUGGGGAAGAGCAUGGCUUUUCUUUGUUAUGAAUGACACUUUUUCCACCCAAAUAUCUGAUUCUACAAAAAUGUGCGGCACUUUAAUGAAAAAUAACAAACAGUUGUUCUGUAAUGAGAAGAAAAGGCAGACCACUGAAGUUACAUUUGAUUUCUGGAGUUUUGAUCUCUUGUCAGCUGUGUAUGGUUUUCAGAGUGCUGAUUUUAAGAUAUGUUGGCCACUCAGUUGCUAAUGAAGCCAACUGGAUGCCAGAUACUUUGCAUUUCUUGUAGGGGUUUCUGAAUUCACAUUCUUUCCCAAUUUUGCUUUAGAGUUUAGAUUACAAGUCUGAGAUUUAACUUUACUACUAAUGGGAAUGAUUGAGGGGUUCAAAAAGAGGAAUAGCCUCAGAUCCAUGGCUGGAGAAGCUGUCAGAACAGAGAAUUUCUUUGGAAAACAUGUUCAAGACUGUGUGUUCAACACACUAAAGCAGUUUAGAGUCGAGCCGGACUUCCCAAGGCAUCAGAACCAAGACCAAACUCCUGGGCUCAGUCUGGAUCCAGGUGAUGUGAUGAGCCCACUGCAGGUGGGGACUGUGCAUCUGUAAUGCUUGGAUUUUUGGUUUCCUUCACAGCAGUGUUUGUCUCAUAUCAGGAAUGCUCCCUUUGAUGAUAUGAGAAUGCCACAGACAGUGAGGUAUUAAGAAAAUACAAGAAACAGUAAAAUAAAAAUUACAUGCCAGUUAAACCCACACUACCCAUUCCACUUGGCAUCUCUUCUCACUGCAGCUAAUUUACAGGCGAUGUGGAAGAGGUUACUGAGCGGGUGAUGGAGAAUUUAAAAACGCGCCUAUGCUGAAGGAGUGGAAGCCAUGGGUCAGACUGCAGCCUGCCCAAACAAACUGCUGGAUCUACCACAUUUCUGAGAACCAGGUGCUUCUGUUUUGACAGCAGAUGCUGCAGGGAUGUGCAGCUGAAGAAAUAUUUAUGAUUUGCCAAAGUAUGAGGGGAACUCGGCGAGGACGUCAGGACUGGGAUGCCCCUGUCUUCUCACUUCAGUGAUGCUUCACGUGCAUCUUUUGUAUGCUAUGCUGUUGCUAAGCAGUAAAAACACUGAAAACGAGAAGUCAGCAAGGUGGAUUGGGUGAUCAGGUGCAUUUCUCUCUUGGAAGAGAUGGUCCUGGUCAUGAAACUUCUGUUCCUCACCUGCCUGUGGCCAACAGCAACGCUACACAGCUCUCACAGUCAGCACCACCACCUUCAUCGUCGGCAGCAGUUAUCUUUCUCAAGAAAGCAUACCAGCAAACGAGAAAUUAAAAUGAGGAAACUUGACAGCACUAAAGUACGGCCGCUUAAAUCUGAGCAGCUGCUUCACAUAGAGGACCAUGACUUUGCACUGCGACCUGGAUUUGGAGGGUCACCAAUACCUGUGGGCAUUGAUGUGCAGGUAGAAAGCAUUGACAGCAUAUCUGAAGUUGACAUGGACUUCACAAUGACUUUGUAUCUCAGACAUUACUGGAAGGACGAGAGACUUUCAUUUCGCAGUAACAAAAACAAGAGCAUGACCUUCGACGGGCGACUGAUCAAAAAGAUCUGGGUACCUGAUGUGUUUUUUGUGCACUCCAAAAGAUCUUUCAUCCAUGAUACAACUGUGGAAAACAUCAUGCUCAGAGUAUACCCUGAUGGCAACGUUCUCUUCAGCCUGAGAAUAACAGUUUCUGCUAUGUGUUUCAUGGAUUUCAGUAGGUUUCCUCUGGACACUCAGAACUGUUCUUUAGAACUGGAAAGCUAUGCAUACAAUGAAGAUGAUCUGAUGUUGUACUGGAAACAUGGAAACAAGUCCCUGACCACAGAUGAGCAAAUCUCCCUCUCCCAGUUUUUCAUCGAAGAAUUCAGUGCUUCCAGUGGAUUAGCUUUUUACAGCAGUACUGGUUGGUACAAUCGACUUUUUAUCAACUUUGCUCUCCGGAGACACAUUUUCUUUUUUGUGCUACAGUCCUAUUUCCCAGCCAUGCUGAUGGUGAUGCUGUCUUGGGUUUCAUUUUGGAUUGACAGAAGAGCUGUUCCUGCCAGGGUAUCACUAGGUAUAACUACAGUGCUGACAAUGUCAACCAUCAUGACAGGAGUAAGUGCCUCAAUGCCUCAAGUGUCUUACAUAAAGGCUGUGGAUGUGUAUUUGUGGAUCAGCUUCCUUUUUGUCUUCCUGUCCGUCAUUGAAUAUGCAGCAGUGAACUAUCUCACCACGAUUGAAGAGAGAAAGCAACUCAAAAAAAGGGGCAAGGCCUCAGGAGUGUAUAUGGAUGCAGUGCAAGCCAUGGCUUUUGAUGGCUGCUUUCAUGACACGGAUGACAUGGACCUGUCUGGUUUCUCAGACCCCUGUGAGGAGAAUGAGACUCGGACGAGCGAAACCAACAUCUCCAAUGAGGAACCAACUCGCUUGAAGAAAUCUCUGAAGGGAAACGUGGGCAGGAUUAUUUUACAGAACAAUCACGUCAUUGACACGUAUUCCAGGAUUAUAUUUCCCAGUGUAUAUAUUGUGUUCAACUUUCUUUACUGGGGUUUGUACAUAUGAGCAAAAAUCCUUGUAAGCGAGACGUUAUUUUGCGUAUGAGGGUAGAAUCAUACUUUGAAAACAAUGCAACAGCAGUAGAGGAAAGGGUUAGAAGUUUCCAAAACAGACUUCUGCCUCGAACCUGGGCUGGUUUGGUUAGCAGCAAAACUGCUAAUGAAAAACUUUCACAUGUCUGGUUCUUUUUCAGCUGGACUGUGCAGUGCUUCACUGGGGCAAUCCCACGCAUAAGUUCCUCCUGUAGUAGCAUAGAAGCAGUUUGGUCACUAAGGGAGCCCUUUGUCACCCACCUGAGCAGACAGCAGCUCCCACCUGAGGUAUUAUCCAGUCUCUAUCUACAUUAAAUCAUUCCUCUUCAAUCAACCUUUCUGUUUGUUCUCCACUUGUGGUCCAUUUUUGUAGGAAUUGGCACCAAUCACCUUCAGGUAUCUCCUAUCCUUGUUUCACUUGCUGCAACCUGGGCAACCUGUGUGCACCUCAGCAGCCUCUGUCCUCAGAUGGUAACCGGGGGAAAAAUAUGGUUAAGCAGUGGAGUAGGGAACAGGAGAAAGCAAGAAGCAAGGCUGAUGGGGCUUUGUAGGUUGUACAUCGUCAACACCUCAAGAAAAACCCCUCACCCUUGUCAGCUGUCCAUGACUCCUCAUGGGACCUUUAUUUUGGAGAAAAUUUGCUCCCUAGUCCCUGAGGCAGCACAGGAACAAUGUCCCAAACCCAGUGUCUUACAGCCACCUCCUGGGUGGAUGAGCAGGAUCUCUGGCACAAGCUGUGCCCUUCAUGUGACACCCACACACCUCUGCCUCACACAGACCUGCUGUAAUCAGCUGCUUUCUGCAGAACUGCCUGCGUGAUGAACACAGGCUUUGAGAGAUUUUAGAAAACUUUGUCAGGAGAACAAGCCAAACACAUCUUCAGCAGAAUCUGGUUCUGCUUUAUGUUGCACAUGAGUUUGGGGUUUUGCCCCCCCUCCUUCUCCCUUUGGCUUGAGGUUGAAUAUUAAGGUGAGGAGAAGCUGCACAUGCCUGUUUGCAGCAGUGAUCCUCAGCACAGGUCCAGGGACCUGGAACACUGAGACACACGGGAAUAAAAGGAAUCAGCUGUGCCAAAACAGACGUACAUAGGAAUGCUGUCAGUCUCAGAUGAAUCAAGCAUGGAAACAUCCUUAGGUUCAGGCUAAGGAGUUUGAAUCAAGAAUGUUCAGGGACACAGAUAGAAAGUGUUCACAGCUCCAAAAAAGAAUCAAGAUUACUUUUGCCACUUUCCCAAAUAAGAAGCGUUUUCCAUUUACAUUCACUGGGUUUGUCUGUCAUUUAAUGAACUGAGUUUUUAUUUGGAAAGUCGGUUCAAAGGGAUCACUUGUGGUGGCAAAAAAAAUGUCACAAGGUAAAUGCUUGGUCACUGCUUGGUCAAGGUUAUUGGUCAAGGAAAUGCGAAUAAAUUUGAAAGCCUGAA